CGGCAGGCCACGAGAAUGGGCAGUUAAGGGGUGAACAAGCACAAAUAGAGUUCUGCGGAUUUAGAAAGGACUGGACAGGAUUUAUUGCACGAUGGAAGAAUGUGGCUCUGAGAAAAAGAUGGAGAAGGAAAAUCUGGGGCCGAGAAUGGAUCCUCCUCUAGGGGAACCACAAGGAUCGCUUGGGUGGGUGCUACCAAAUACAGCCAUGAAGAAAAAGGUGCUGUUGAUGGGUAAAAGUGGAUCUGGUAAGACCAGCAUGAGAUCUAUUAUCUUUGCAAACUAUAUAGCCAGAGACAAACGUCGUCUUGGUGCAACAAUACUAGACCGUUUACAUAGUCUUCAAAUUAAUAGCAGUUUGAGCACCUACUCUCUCGUAGACUCUGUUGGAAGUACAAAGACAUUUGAUGUAGAACAUUCUCAUGUUCAAUUUCUGGGAAACCUGGUAUUGAACCUGUGGGACUGUGGUGGACAAGACAGCUUCAUGGAAAAUUAUUUCACUAGCCAACGGGACAACAUCUUCCAAAAUGUGGAAGUUCUAAUUUAUGUUUUUGAUGUGGAAAGCCGUGAGCUUGAAAAGGACAUGCACUAUUAUCAGUCAUGCCUAGAGGCUAUUCUUCAGAACUCUCCAGAUGCCAGAAUUUUUUGCUUGGUACACAAAAUGGAUCUGGUACAGGAGGAUCAACGGGACCUGAUUUUUAGAGAGCGAGAAGAAGAUCUGAGACGUUUGUCUCGCCCAUUGGAAUGUUCUUGUUUCCGAACAUCUAUUUGGGAUGAAACUCUUUAUAAGGCAUGGUCCAGCAUUGUUUAUCACCUGAUUCCCAAUGUUCAGCAACUGGAAAUGAACCUAAGAAAUUUUGCUGAAAUUAUUGAAGCUGAUGAAGUACUUCUGUUUGAGAGAGCUACUUUUCUGGUGAUUUCUCAUUAUCAGUGUAAAGAACAGCGUGAUGCCCAUAGAUUUGAGAAAAUCAGCAACAUUAUUAAACAAUUCAAACUGAGUUGCAGCAAACUGGCUGCCUCUUUCCAGAGUAUGGAAGUCAGGAACUCUAACUUUGCUGCUUUCAUUGAUAUCUUUACAUCUAACACUUAUGUGAUGGUCGUGAUGUCUGAUCCAUCCAUUCUUCUGUAUUUUGCCCUGGAGCUCCAUAGAAGAAGGAUUUAUGCGAUUCAUAACUACCUUUUCUGUGUUCAAUGCCAAAAUGAUACUAUUUGAGCUAAUGAACACACAGUGAAUAAUAGUCAUGGAUCCUACUGUUAAAGGUAAGAUUUUUAUUAAAUAAAAAGUUUUGUGAUAUUUAAAGGGAAAGAUAGUGACAAAAAUACUGUAACAGAGUCAGCUUCCUCUCUAAAGGCAUUACCUGAAAAACUUUUCAUUAACAUUUGUGAAUUGUCCAGGAAGACUUUGUGAAGUAAUGGGUAAUAUCAUAUGCUUUGCAUCAAGUAGAUUUUUUUUGUAUUCUGGCUCUGCCAUAUUUACACUCCAGAUGCCUCAGUUUCCUGGUCAGCAGAAUUGGGAGCUACUAAUAAGAACUACAUCAUAGACUCAGUAUAAAAAUUAAAUGAGAAGAAUCAUAUGAAAGUGUUUCACAGAAGCAUUUACCACAUAACAAAAAGCCAUAGGUGCUUGAUUCUUUUUGCUCAUUACCUAUGGCAUAGAGAAAUAUUUAUUAAGUUGAAUCUUGAACUGUUAUUCAUAGGACAACACUCGAGAACAAUUUGUCAUUGAGCCCCAGUCAGAUUUUCCUUUUCACUUUGUUGAGGGGGCUCUGAUGGACGCAAUAACCAGAAACUGGCCUAGGAGAAUAAUAAAGAGUAAGAAAUAGAAAGCAGACUGACAAAUUGAGAAUAGCAGAGGAAAAACCUGUGUAGGUUUUGGGAACCUGCUAGGACGCCAUGUAGUUUGAGAAUGAGACAGUGAAAGAACUGCUAUUUUUAAUGUCCAUGUUAAAAUAGCUUUGAAUUGAAAGUCUGGAAAUUUUACAUAGAAAAGAUAAAAGAACCAGUUAAUAUAUUACCUAAUAUUUUGGGUUAUAAAUUAGAUUUCUUAUUAACAGCAAUGUAUUAAUGAUAGUAUAUAUGUUUACUGUAUUGGUGUUCAUACUCAUAAAGUGUUACAAACAAUCUAGAAGUUCACUAUAGGAAUUUUUGAAAUUUUAUUGCACAUCACUAAAAAUGUGCAUAAAUUUCUUAUAUUGAGUCUUUAUUUAUUUAUUUAUUUAUUUAUUUUUGGUACCAAGGGAUUGAACUCACAACCUUGUGCUUACCAAGAAGCACUUGAGCCACUGAGCUAAAUCCCCAGUCCCACAUUUCUUGUUUUGAAAUGUUGUUUAAUAUGAAAGUUAUUAAAAUGUCAGUUAUCUAGGGGUAUAAACGGACUCAUGCCUAUUUGUAAACUUAUGCAAUAUCAGUACUCCCAUGUUUGUAGGUUCCAUAUUUGUAUAUUAAACUAACUAUGGUUAGAAAAUAUCUUUAAAAUUGCAUCUACAUUGAAUAUAUAUAGACAUUUUUGGCAAUAGUUCUUUACGAGUGCAGUAUUAUAACGAUUUCAUAGUAUUUAUGUUAUACUAAGUAUUAUAAAAAAUUAAAGUAGUGGGCAGUGUGCAUAGGUUUUUAUGCAAAUAAUAUUUAUUUUAUAUAAGAUAUUUAAGCAUCUGCAGAGUUUGGUACCUACAGGGAGUCCUGGAACAAAUCUUUUGUGAAUACCAAGGAAUAAUUGUAUUUAUAUAGAAAAGUAGUUUUAACCCACACCAUUCUCCAAACCCAGGGAGUUUGGGAUCCUCACUGGGGCCCAACCAAGGAACUUUAUGUCUUUCUGCUGCACUGGACCAGCUCAAGUGGUCUUGAGCCUGCCUGCAACAAAUGCCCCACUCGCUGCCAUGCUUGGUGGACUCUGGAGUCCCUGGCUUGCUGGCACACUCAGUUCCAGAGGCAGAGUGGCGUGGAGAAAGUGUCUCUGCACCAACCCCCAAACCAAGGAGUUUGGGAUCAUUGUUCCCGCCAGCUAAGGAACUUCACAGCUUCCUACCAUAUUAAACCUGCACCAUAGAGCUUGAGCCUCCCUGCUCCUCGCCCAGUGAUCCUUUUUCAAUCCAGAGAACUAGGUGGCCAGAGUCCCAGGAGCUGAGCGCAUAGAAAAGGAUUUCCAACAGGCCCUGGGGAAGACUUGGAAUAACACUUGAAACACAGAAAUAUAGGAAAAUGACAAAAUGAAAGAUCAAAAUGAAAUCUCAAACCUUCAGCCCAUCCCAAGAAAUCCUAGGAGCUAAGUACACAGAAGAAAAUAUAUGCCAUACACCUGAAAUACCUGACAUAAUAGCAACUGAAAUAAAGAAGCAACUUGGGUAAGCUUUAAAGGAAUUCAAACUAGAAAUAAUUUCCCAAGUAAAAGAAGAAAUGAUAAAAGAAGUGCUGAACAUAUCUAAAGAAGACAGUUGAAAAAAUCAAGGAACUAAACAAAAAGGUACAAUCCCUGGAUGAACAAUAUAAAAAAGUAGAAUACAUAAAGCAGAUGCAAAAAGUUAUACAGGAAAACAAAAUUUCCAUUGAAAGUUGUGAAAACUGCUUCAAUGAAAGUGAAAAUAGAAUUUCAGACCUCAAAGACAAGAUUGCAGCUAGUGAAAAGGAAAGGAAAGAUCUUUUAAAAAUAACAAGGAGUGAGGAAAUAACAAUUCACAAGCUGCAAGAUGAUACAAAGAAAAAACAAUUGAUAGGGGUAAAUGAAAAAGAAGGGAACAACAUAAAGGAUGUCAAGAGGAUAUUUAGAGAAGUAAUAGCUGAAAAUUUUCCAAACGUGAGAAUUGAAACUGACAUCAGGAUCAGUGAAGCAUAUAGAACUCCAAAUACCUGUAACCAAAAUAAAACUACAUCCAGACAUAUAAUAAUCACCAUCCCAGAAAUCCAAUAUAAGAAUAAAAUAAUAAAAGUGUCGGAGAGAAAGGACAGAUCACCUAUAAAGGAGAACCUGUCAGAAUCACAGCAGACUUCUGAGCACAAAAAAUAAAGUCAAGAAGAGCACAGAGUGAAUUGUUUCAGAUCUUAAAGGAAAAUGAUUUACAAAAUAGACUGAUGUGCCCUGAAAAACUGUCCUUCAAAAUUGACGUAGAAAUAAGAUACUUCCAUGACAAAGAACAGCUGAAGAAUUUCAUGAUCACCAAGCCAAACCUGCAAAGAAUACUGAAAGACACUUUAGAUGUACAUAGGAAAAAACCAAUAAACAAAACAGAAAACCAAACAGUAUGGAAAGAUAAAGAUGCAACAGCAAAAAGAUAACAUGUCAACAAUAAACCAAUAUAUAACAGUUACAACCAUUACUGUAAAAUGGUCUAAAUGAACCAAUUUAAAGAAAGAGACUGGCAGAAUGGAUCAAGAAAUAGCAUCCAACCAUAUGCUGUCUACAAGAAACUCAUCUAACCCAAACAUAUACUCACAGACUGAAAGUCAAAGUAUGGAAAACAGUACUACAUGCAACAGGAACCCAAAAUAAAGUGGGCAUAACUAUUCUAUUUGCAGACAAUGUGAACUUUAAAGCAAUAAUGAUCAAAGAGAUAAAGAAGGUCACUACAUACUGGUUAGGGGAAAACUUCAAAAGGAAGAGAUAACAAUCUUAAAUAUAUAUGCACCAAAUUCCAGAGCACCCAGCUAUAUAAAGCAAGUAUUAACGGAAAUGAAAAACCAAAUUAGCAACAACCCAAUUAUAACAGAGACCUUAACACACCAUUGACACUAAGGGACAGAUUAGCAGACAGAAACUCAGGAAAGAAAUAACAGAACUGGAUCACACAUGUGAACAAAUGGACUUGAUAGACAUAUACAGAGUGUUCAAUCCAACAACAUCAGAUAACACAUUCUUCUCAGCAGUACAUGGGACAUUCUCUAAAAUAGACCACUUAUUAGCCCUCAGAACAUACUUAAAUAAAUGCAAAGGAGUUGAAAUUAUCCCAUGCAUGUGAUCAGAUCAUAGUGCCAUGAAAUUAGAAAUUAGUGAUUAAAGAUACUGCAAAAAUCCCACAAACAUAUGGAAACUGAAUAAAACACUCAAGUAAUCAGUGGGUCACAGGGGAAAUUAAGGAAGACAUUAAACAAUACCUACAAGCAAACAAAAGCACAAAUACAACUUACUGGAACCUGUGGGAUGCAGUAAAAGCUGUCCUCAGAGGAAAAUUUAUUUCACUGAGCUUCCACAUCAGGAAAACUGUACAAAUACAAACAAAUAACCUGAUGCAACACCUCAAACAUCCAGAAAAAGAAGAGCAAAUUAAGCCCAAAGCCAAAAGCAGGGAGGAAAUUAUAAAAAUCAGAGCAGAAAUUAAUGCAACAGAAAUAAAGAAAACAAUCCAAAGAAUGUAUGAAUUAAAGAGUUGGUUCUUAGAACAAAUAAAUAAAAUUGAUAAGCCCCUAACCAACCUUAUUUUAAAAAGGGAAGAAAAAGCUCAAAUUCAUGCAAUAAGGAAUGAAAAAGGCGAAAUCACUACAGAUUCUGUAGAAAUACAAAAGAUCAUCAACAUCUAUUUUGAAAACCUCUACUCUCAUAAAUUGGAUGACACAGAAUAAAUAGACAGAUUCCUAGAAACAUAUGAAGUACCAAAGCUAGGUUAAGAAGAUGUAAAACUGCUGAAUAACACAAUUUCUAUUAAUGAAAUUAAAAAUGUAAUUAAAUCCUUACCUACAAAAAGAGCCCAGGGCCAGAUGGAUUCAUUUGAGAACUCUACAAGAAGUACAAAGAAGAUUUAAUGCCAAUAUUCCUCGAAUUCUUCAAUGAAAUUGAAAAGGAAGCAAUCCUUCCUAAAUCAUUCCUGGAAACAAAUAUUACUCUAGUAUCAAAACCUGAGAAAAACCAAUCUAAAGACAACUACAGACCAAUCUCUCUAAUGAACACAGAUGGAAAAAUCCUCAAUAAAAUAUUGGCAAAUAGAAUACAGCAAAUCAUCAAGAAGAUUAUACACCACAACCUAAUGGGAUUCAUUCCAGCUAUGCGGGAAUGGUUCCACAUACGUAAACCAAUAAAUGUAACCCACCAUAUCAAUAAAGCCAAAAGUACGAACCAUGUGAUCAUCUCUAUAGAUGAAGAAAAAGUUUUUGAUAAGGUCCAACAUUCAUUUAUGAUAAGAAACUUACAGAAAAUUUGAAUAGGUGGUCUUUACCUCAAUAUAAUAAAGGCCAUCUAUGACAAACCAAAAGCCAGUAUCAUACUAAAUGGCCCAAAACUGAAGGCCUUUAUCUUAAAAUCAGGCUCAAGACAAGGAUGUCCCUUAUCACCACUCCUAUUUAAUAUACUAUUGGAAAUACUAGCCGGAGCAAUUAGACAAGAGAGAGAAAUAAAAGGCGUAAAGAUAGGAAAAGAAGAAGUUAAACUUUCAUUAUUUACAAAUGACAUGAUACUCUGCAUAGAAGACCCCUAAACUCCAUUGACAGUCUCCUAGAUAUAAUAAACAAAUUCAGCAAUAUAGCUGGAUACAAAGUCAAUACACAAAAAUCAAUUGCAUUUCUAUACACUAACAACAAAAGCACAGAGAGAGAAAUAAGUGAAGCCAUACCCUUCACACUACCAACGGGAAAAAAAAUGAAAUAUUUAGGAGUUAUUUUCAUGAAAGUAAUGAAAGUUCUACAUAGUGAAAAUUAUAAUGCAAUGACAAAAAAUUGAAUAGGAUCUUAGAAAAUGGAAAGACAUCCCUUGCUCAUGGAUACAAAGAAUAAAUAUUGUGAAAAUGGCCAUUGCCCCAAAACUGUUAUACAGAUUCUGUGCAAUCCCAAUUAAAAAUACCAUAAACAUACCUCAUAGAUCUCGAGAAAUUGCUCCUAAAAUUCAUCUGAAAUCAGAAGAGACCUAGAAUAGCAAAAACAGUUCUAAGCAGCAAGGGCAAGGCAGGAGGCAUCACAAUCCCUGACUUGAAGUUAUAUUACAAAGCAACUGUAGUAAGAUCAACAUGGUACAGGAAUCAAAGCAGAGCUGAAGAUCAGUGGAAUAGAUUAGAAGAUACAACCACAACUACAAACACACUCAACCACCUUAUCUUUGAUAAAGGUGUCAAACAUGCUCACUGGAAGAACAACAGUCUCUUUAAUAAAUGGUGUUGGGAAAACUGGCUUUCCAUAUGCCAAAAACUAAAACUAGGCCCAUGCCUAUCACCAUGUACUAAAUUAAAAUCUAAAUGAAUGAAAGAUCUGCAUAUUAAAGCAGAAAAACUAAAUUUAUUGGAAGACAAAUUGGGUAAAAAUCUUGAAGACAUAGGGGUAGGUAGAGAAUUAAUGAACAGGAAUCAAACCACAUGGGAAAUACUUCCCAGAAUGAAUAACUGGGAUCACUUCUUAUUAAAAAGUUUCUGCAGGUCAAAAGAAAUCUCCAGCAUAGUGAAAGAAAAACCCACAAACUGGGAAAAAAUCUUAGUGAACUCUCCCUCAGACAAAGGACUUCUGUCUAAAACAUAUAAAGAAUUUUAAAAAAUCAGACUCCCAAAAUUCAAAAAUCCAGUCCAAAAAUGGGCAUCUCUGAUGAAUACACACUUCUCAGAUGAAGAAAUACAAAUGGCAAAUAAAUACAUGAAAAAAAAUUCAUCAUCAUUACUCUUUAGAGAAAUGCAAAUUAAAACCACACUGAGAUUACAUCUCACUCUCGAAAGAAUGGCUGGGAUCUAGAAAACCACCAACAACAAAUGCUGGAGAGGCUGUGGGGAAAUGGAACUAGCCUGCACUCUUGGUGGGACUGUAGACUGGUGUAGCCAUUUUAGAGGUCAAGCUGGAGAUUUCUCAAAAAGCUGGGAUUGGAAGUCCCAAAUUUUUACAGUUAUUCCUCUUCUAGGCAUAUUCCCAGAAAAACUGAAAACAUCAUACCACAGUGAUAUAUGUGCACCCAUGUUUAUAGCAACACAAGUUGUAAUAACCAGAUCUUGGAAACAACCUAAGUGUCCAUCAACUGAGGAAUGGAUUAAAAAGUUGUGAUAUUUUUAUACAAUGGAGUACUACUCAGCUCUAAAGAAUUAUCACAUUGAGAUAAUUAUAAAUAAUUAUGCACAGCUUGAAACCAUACUCAUAAACGAAAUAAAUGAAACUCACAUGUAUAAAUACCAAACAGUUUCCCUAGUGUAAGAAAUGGUAAGAAUACAUAAAUGUAUGUGGUAAUCAUGAUUCCCCAUUUAUUGUUCUGAAGCCUUAUAAUGUUUCCAUUCAUUAAUUGGAAUAGUUUUAUUCUGGAAUGUUUGAGUUUAUUGUCUGUGAUGGGUUGAACAGUUAUUUUGAAGAAAACAAGACAUUAUAAUAGCUAGUGCUGAUUUAAUAUCUUGUUUUAAAGUCUCACUAAGCUUUUGUUCUUCUGUCUCCAUCUGUUUUAUCAUGUUGCAUCUUAUUCAAUUUUAUUAUAUGUGAUAGUAUAAACAAAUUUUUUUAUAAUCAAGGAGAUAAUAUAGAAACCAUUUGUUUGUUUUGUUUUAGUUGUUUCUAAAUACCCUGUAACACUUUUACCCUCUUGAAUGGCUUUACACUGUAUUGUUAUGUUUGAUAGUACACGAAGGCAUGCAUACUCAAAUAUUUCAAGAAAAGAGACACUAUGGUAUCUAAUGUUAUGUCAGGUUAUCUUGUGAUGAAGCCCUAUGUUGCUUAAAUUGUUUUGUUCUGACAUGUGUUGUUGUGUCCUCUUUCGUUUUAA